AUGAAUCGUUCCAUUUUAGCAUUUUCAAUUCUUUUGUCCACAACCACAACAGUCAUCGCUUUAUGUCUGGCACAUUUACCAGUUCCAAAUGCUUUGAUAACGUAUAAUUUUUUAUCACCAAUACCUGAUCUUUUCCAUAGUACUGGUUCAGUGGCUGCUUUGUCAUGUAAUCUGGGCUUUGUUGUAAAUGGUUCAUCAACUACAAAAUGCACUUCGAAAGGCAUUUGGGAACCAAAAUUGGGAUCAUGCAUUGUAAUCUCUGAUAUAUUAUCCAAUGCUUCGACAUCAAAUCUCGAUUUAACUUGCGAUCCAAUGAAUCACACAACGGGCAUUAUAACAUAUGUUCCGCAUUCAAAAUCACAAAAAUUCCAAAAAGGUUCUGUGGCACUGUUAACAUGUCCAUUUGGGCAAAAAGUAAGCGGUGGUGCUUCACAUUCGACCUGUCAAGAUGGUAGAUGGUCAACUAAAUUGGGUAGCUGUGAAGAAGUCAAGUUGAAGAUAUUUUUUUAA